UUACCGUUGCGGAAUAACACCCAUAUUAAGGUUUAAAUAGGUAGACAUAAUAAAAAUAUCCAAAUUACUGCUCUGUCCCAUAAAUGCUGUAAAUAUUAAGAAAAAUUACAUGUUUGUUAUUAAAAAAAAUCAGUAAGCAACAUGCAUUCCACCUUUUUAAACAGACUCUUUUGUUAUCAUUAAAAUUUGCAAACAUUUCUUCUUUUAUAUUUGUUUAUUUUAUGAUAUUGCAGAAGAAUUCCAACGAAAUAUCAGUGUCACUUUGUGAUGUGUAUGCCUAAGUUUCCUUUCAAUUUCGCGCUACAGUUUUAUAAAAAUGGUUUACUCUCUGGAAUAAACAAGAGCAACAGGAAGAACAGAAGGGAACAGGAGUACACGCGGUAUACACUUAUUUGUUUAUUUGGCACAGUUGGUCUUUCCUUUAAAGACAUUGAAGCUAUCAGAAAGAGGCAUUUAAAUCCAGCAUUAACCACUUAUUAUAGUAAACCAUUUGCAAUUAGUCAAGGGCAUAUGCAGUGGUUGUUUGAUUUGGACGGAAAACGAUAUUUAGACAUGUUUGGAGGAAUAUGUACGGUGUCUGUAGGUCACUGUCAUCCAAAGAUUACUAAAGCAGUUGCUGAACAAAUGGAAAUAUUAGGACAUUGUUCAAACGUAUACUAUAAUGAAAAUAUCUCUAAGUAUGCAAAAAAGUUAUCAGAAAAAUUACCUGGAAAAUUAAAGGUUAUAUAUUUUGUAAAUAGCGGAUCUGAAGCUAAUGAUUUGGCGGUACUUUUAGCACGAAACUUCACGAAGAACUUUAAUGUGAUGUCCCUAAAAAACUGCUAUCAUGGAAUGACAUAUCAAACGAUGGCAUUAACAUCAAACGCACACUAUAAAUAUCCUGUUCCUCAAAAUCCCGGAUUUUUCAACACAGUCAAUCCCGAUGUAUAUAGAGGUAUAUGGGGAGGAGAAAAGUGUAGAGAUGGCCCUGUUCAGACCAAAAGAAGUUGCGAUUGUGGAAACGAAUGCGAAGCAGGUCAAAAAUAUAUCGAACAAUUUCAAGACGAAUUCAAAUAUACUAUUUCGAAGAAUGGUUUAGCUGCAUUCUUUGCCGAAUCGAUUCAAGGCGUUGGAGGAACUGUCCAAUUUCCCAAAAAUUAUAUCAAAAAUGUGUCUAAAAUUGUGAAAGAUAAUGGUGGACUCUUCGUAGCUGAUGAAGUACAAACUGGUUUUGGAAGGACAGGUGAUUACUUUUGGGGAUUUGAAGGUCAUAACAUUGAACCGGAUAUUGUUACUAUGGCAAAAGGUAUUGGAAAUGGUUAUCCGCUUGCUGCGGUGGCUACCACCGAAGAAAUUGCAAGCAGCUUGACUAAAGCGUCUCAUUUUAAUACAUAUGGAGGUAAUCCAAUUGCAAGCACGGUCGGUUUAUCAGUUUUAAAUAUUAUAGAAGAAGAAAAUUUACAAGAGAAUUCGAAAACUAUUGGAACUCAUCUUUUGUUAAGACUCUCUGAGCUUAUGGACGAGUUUGAUUUUGUUGGUGAUGUACGCGGAAAAGGAUUAAUGAUAGGCGUUGAGUUAGUGUCAGAUAGAAAUAGCAGGCAACCUUUAUCACCAGAGAAAAUGACUAAAAUUUGGGAAGCGUGUAGGGAUCUUGGACUUAUUAUUGGAAGAGGAGGAUUACAUGGAAAUGUAUUUCGAAUUAAGCCUCCGAUGUGUAUUUCCAAAUUAGACGCAGAUUUUACAGUGGAUGUGUUACGGUACGCCUUAAACAGAUUGUAAAAAAUGAAAACAUUGUCCUAUACAAAUAAAGCUCCUUUUGUAUAAAA